UAUAUUUGAAUUCUGAAAAGUUCGAUACCGUCCAAGUGAACGUUCGGUACUUACGAAGAACCAGCUUCCAUUACGACCUUCGGAUGAUUCCCCUCUUUCAGACCUCUGCAGCUCCAUAGUUUUCCAGCGUUUGUUCCACCGAUUCCAGCGCCACCCAGUUGCUCGUUUACGGCUCUUCGGGACUGAAACUUGUAUAGUGAGAGUACAGCAGAAUCGUCGGCCACAGAAAUGGUAAAAGCCAUAAGAGUUCAUGAACUUGGUGGACCUGAGGUUCUCAAAUGGGAGGAUGUGGAUAUUGGAGAACCGAAGGAGGGUGAGAUUCGAGUUAGAAACAAGGCAAUUGGUCUAAAUUUUAUCGAUGUUUACUUCAGGAAAGGAGUAUAUAAAGCUGCUACCAUGCCCUUUACUUCAGGCGUGGAAGCUGCUGGGGUGGUGACAGCGGUUGGCCAUGGAGUAAAUGACAGGAAAAUUGGAGAUAUUGUUGCUUAUGCUGGGAAUCCGAUGGGCUCAUAUUCCGAAGAACAGAUACUUCCCGCUGACAAAGUUGUUCCAGUUCCUCCCUCAGUUGAUGCUACAGUUGCAGCAUCUGUCCUGCUGAAGGGCCUGACAGCUCAAUAUCUAGUCCAUCAUUCUUACAAGGUUGAACCUGGACAUAUUGUCCUCGUUCAUGCAGCAGCUGGUGGAGUUGGAUCCUUACUGUGUCAGUGGGCUAACAGUCUUGGUGCCACUGUCAUUGGAACUGUCUCAACCAAAGAGAAGGCAGCUCAAGCCAAGGAGGACGGAUGCCAUCAUGUUAUUAUCUAUAAGGAGGAGGAUUUUGUCGCUCGUGUUAGUGAGAUAACGGGCGGAAAUGGCGUUAAUGUUGUUUAUGACUCUGUAGGAAAGGAUACCUUUCAGGGAUCAUUGGCAUGUCUAAAGCCUCGUGGCUACAUGGUGAGCUUUGGGCAAUCGUCAGGUACCCCCAAUGCGGUUCCACUCUCUGAUCUUGCAGCAAAAUCUCUGUUCUUGACGAGACCUACCCUAAUGCAUUAUAACAUUACCUGGGAUGAGCGGUUGAAGGCUGCACAAGAGGUAUUCGCAAAUGUAGAAUCUGGUGCUCUUCGGGUUCGUGUUAAUCAUACGUACCCUUUAUCUCAAGCUGCGCAGGCGCAUGCUGACCUUGAGAGCCGUAGAACAUCUGGGUCAGUUGUGCUCAUACCUUAAAACUAUUGUCUUUGGAAAACCAUUUCUAUUUGAACUGGUUCUGUAUUGACUUUGUGAGGUGGGAAGGAAAGGCUGUGAAAUAUGUGCUCUGGAUGAAAGUAUAUGUCAAUAUGACUUGAAUUCACUUAUUUUCAUACCCUUUGUCCCAAGUUUUUAGAAGGUUAGGACUGGGAGAAUGUUGUCAAAGAAUCAAACUUUUACAUGACAAUGAAUUUUUA